AUGGCUGCAGCUAAGAAGCCUGUUCUCUAUUACUUCGACCUAGGCAGCAAGGGGCGUGGCGAAGUUGUCAGGCUGUUCUUGAGGGAACUCGGCAUCGAGUUCGAAGACAAGCGUUAUGCUUAUGAUGAAACCUGGGGGCCGCUUGGCAAAGAGUUCGAGGAGAAAGGGUUGACCGUCACUCGAAAAUUGCCAUCGUUGGACAUUGACGGCCACAUCCUGUCUCAGCAUAUCCCGAUUUUGAGAUAUCUCUCGCGCUCCGUGGGUGCUUAUGAUGGAACCACAAGCUAUGACAAGUGGCUGGUGGAUGCUGUUGCCGACACUUACAUUGACUGGAGGUAUCGAUGGGUGGCCAACUUGACCGACAAAAGCCCAGAGUACAAGACCAAGGUGGUCUCUCUCUACCAUGGAAUCUGGGACAAGUUCUAUUCUCGGCAUCCUGGCCCGUACCUUCUGGGUGACACUAUCACGUAUGCCGACUUCGCCGUUUUCCAGGCACUGGAUAAUGACGAGGUGCUCGGCUGGACGGCCGUGUCCGAGUUUCCCGGCUCGCUCAAGACACUGUGGACUGCCAUGUCCGAACGUCCGAACCUCAAGGAAUACAUUGCUACCAGAACUCGUUAG